AUGCUGGCCAACUAUCAUACUCUUUCACAGUGGACCAUGCUGGCCAACUAUCAUACUCUUUCACAGUGGACCAUUCUGGCCAACUAUCAUACUCUUUCACAGUGGACCAUGCUGGCCAACUAUCAUACUCUUUCACAGUGGACCAUGCUGUCCAACUAUCACACUCUUUCACAGUGGACCAUGCUGGCCAACUAUCAUACUCUUUCACAGUGGACCAUGCUGGCCAACUAUCAUACUCUUUUACAGUGGACCAUGCUGGCCAACUAUCACACUCUUUCAAAGUGGACCAUACUGGCCAACUAUCACACUCCUUCACAGUGGACCAUGCUGGUCAACUAUCAUACUCUUUCACAGUGGACCAUGCUGGCCAACUAUCAUACUCUUUCACAGUGGACCAUGCUGGCCAACUAUCACACUCUUUCACAGUGGACCAUGCUGGCCAACUAUCAUACUCCUUCACAGUGGACCAUGCUGGCCAACUAUCACACUCCUUCACAGUGGACCAUGCUGGCCAACUAUCACACUCUUUCACAGUGGACCAUGCUGGCCAACUAUCACACUCCUUCACAGUGGACCAUGCUGGUCAACUAUCAUACUCUUUCACAGUGGACCAUGCUGUCCAACUAUCACACUCUUUCACAGUGGACCAUGCUGGCCAACUAUCAUACUCUUUCACAGUGGACCAUGCUGGCCAACUAUCAUACUCUUUUACAGUGGACCAUGCUGGCCAACUAUCACACUCUUUCAAAGUGGACCAUACUGGCCAACUAUCACACUCCUUCACAGUGGACCAUGCUGGUCAACUAUCAUACUCUUUCACAGUGGACCAUGCUGGCCAACUAUCAUACUCUUUCACAGUGGACCAUGCUGGCCAACUAUCACACUCUUUCACAGUGGACCAUGCUGGCCAACUAUCAUACUCCUUCACAGUGGACCAUGCUGGCCAACUAUCACACUCCUUCACAGUGGACCAUGCUGGCCAACUAUCACACUCUUUCACAGUGGACCAUGCUGGCCAACUAUCAUACUCCUUCACAGUGGAUCAUGCUGACCAACUAUCACACUCUUUCACAGUGGACCAUGCUGGCCAACCAUCACACUCUUUCACAGUGGACCAUUCUGGCCAACUAUCAUACUCUUUCACAGUGGACCAUGCUGGCCAACUAUCACACUCUGUCACAGUGGACCAUGCUGGCCAACCAUCACACUCUUUCACAGUGGACCAUGCUGGCCAACUAUCAUACUCUUUCACAGUGGACCAUGCUGGCCAACUAUCAUACUCUUUCACAGUGGACCAUGCUGGCCAACUAUCACACUCUUUCACAGUGGCACAUGCUGGCCAACUAUCAUACUCUUUCACAGUGA